CUCUCUAUACAGACAGGGGCACUGAAACAGGUCAUUAAAGUCACCUAUUGCCGGUGGUUGUGUGUGCGGUUCAAAGGUUGCCCCAUUUCUUUGAGACUCUCUAGGUCCAUACAGAGAGGCAGGUGUAGAGUCACCAGGAUACCACCAACAAAUGCAGGAACUCAGCUUGGACAUAUAAGGAAGCUACAAUCACAGAUAAAAUGAAAGCGCUCACACUGCUGCUCAUGUUCUUCACAGUAUCUGGAUAUACAUAUGUAUUGCAGCCCAUCACACAGAUGGCUGGACUGGACAGAGACCAGCAGUCUGAGACGAAGAAUGAGCAGCUGAGAGAUGUUUCUAUAUCAGUGAAGGAUAAAGAAAAGGCUGCCGAAUCCACUGAGAGAUGGAAAACAGAGGAGAAACAGAGGAAUGAAGGGUUGACUUCAGAGACAAACCCAGAAAAGCAAGAAAAGAAAAGGAUGGAGGAUAAAAUCACAGCAGGUUUCACUAGGAAUAUAGGAGAAAUCUGGGAUAGUAAUCGAGAUUAUGAGGAAGGAAGUGAGGAAGGGCUGACUCCUGAGAAAUCUCAAAUUUUAGGAGAGGAACCAAAAAGAGAGGAAUACUCCUUAGCUGACAUGGUAAAAGAUUAUGAUAUAGAUACAGGAGAUGAAGUGGAGAGAAGAGAAGAUGUGGAGACAAUAAAGACAGUAAAAGCUAUCCUGACAGAUAACACAAAAACACUCGAUAAUCAUAAUACAUGGAUACAAGAGAAAGGAAAGGAUGGCAAGACACUUGAGGAAUUUAAGAAAAGUGAACACAUGCUGCAACUGAAGCAAGAAAUAGAGGAAGAGGAAAGAGAGAGCAAGCUAGUUGCAGGGAUGAGUCUUCACAUGGAGAUGUUAACUGUAAAUCAAGAAAAUGUGGAUGAGAAAGGAGGAAAUGAGGAACGGGAGACAAGAGCAGAAGAGGGGGAGAACAUAAAAAAUUCAAACCAUAAUGAAUUAGUAGAAAGAGAAAAGGAAGAUCACAUAGUAGUUAGCAAUCUCACACCUCCUUUAAGCACAUCCUCUACUCAGACGGGGGAAGAAUUUGUGAUUCCUGCCACAAUUCAAAUUAUCACUCAGUCUCAAAAUCCCCCUAGUCCCCCUCUUCCUGUUCAUCAUAAUGUCCCUCCAUCACUUCUUGUUACACCCACACAUGUUCCUCCAGUUUCCUCUCACCCUCCCACCCCUUCUGCCAAAGUUAGUCCUCAGUUCUUCCCUCUGUCUGUCACCCGUCACGGUCCUACAACAAUCAAUCUCAUCUCAGUCUCAACAGUGGCUCCAAGUGAGGUGAGGUCAGUCUUGCUGCUUGAAGAUCUCCUUAGUGAGGUGUUACAAAGCCCUGGACAUCAUCUCAAGCAGAAUGAACCAGAAGUAAAGGCCAGCCCAAACUUAGAGGAUGUAAUGGUCAAAAAUAUAUUGUUUAAACCUGCCCAGAAGGAGCUGCACUCCACAAAAAUAAAUAUAGUUGUUCAACCAAAAGAGGCUGAAUUUAUCCCCAUGGUGCAAGCAGGAACGCCAAAACCCACAGAAGCAAAGUUAAUAACCAAAGAUUUAAAAACUAAAAAGCCAUAUUCUAUGCCAAAAUCAAAUGAAAAUAAUCCCACUGCUAAACCGGUUCAGUUUACACGUAAACCAAACAUGACACAGACCACAGGCAAACCCAAAACAGUUAAACUGAUGGAAAAUGACACCAAGCUUACAGUGAAGCGAAACAAAGCAUCUCCUGCCCAACCACGACUGACAAAACCUUCAGCCAAAACACCGUCAACGACAGCCAGGACACCUUCAACGAGGCCAACAAAAAUCAACAGAAGUAGUAAAAAUAAGACAAUUAAGAAGUCAAAGGAAAAGAAAAGGAAAAAGGACAAUAAAACCCAAAAGAAAAAGGUCAUCGUGCCAACACACUUUCCUUACUUUGAAGACAACUACUGCCCUCCUGAGUGUGCCUGCUAUGGAAGAGUGGUACAGUGCUCCGACAAGGGUGUGGAUAAGGUCCCUUACGGUAUUCCCUAUAAUGCCCGCUACAUCCUCCUCAUGAAUAAUCAAAUCAACAGUAUCCAGCUGGACCUGCUCAAAGAAUACAUCUCUAUGGAGUUCCUAGUCUUGAGCAACAAUCAGCUCACGGAUGGUGCCAUAGAGGGGGCCUUGGAGGGGAUCCCAGCUCUGAAGCGUCUCUAUCUGGAUAGGAACCUCUUAGAAAGUGUGCCAACUGACAUUCCAGCCUCUGUCGAGGAGCUUCGUUUGGACAAUAACCAGCUGAGUGUGAUGUCUGAGGCAGCCUGGGCCCAGUGCCCUGGCCUCUUGGUUUUGAGUCUCAGCAACAACAGUCUGGGGAAUGGAUCUGACUCUCUUCCUAAUGCAGUUCUCUCUCCUUUGUCCAACCUGCGCACUCUAAACCUGGAUCACAACCAGUUAACAUCAGUUCCUCUGGGUUUACCACUGUCCAUCAAGGAGCUCUACCUCAAAGGGAACCUCAUUGAGCAGUUCCGUGGAAGAGCCUUCGAUGGGAUAUCAGAGCUGUUAUUGUUGGAUCUGAGUGCAAACAAACUGACAAACAAGGGUCUUCUCAAAGAGUCCCUUCUCAAUGCAACCCACUUGGAAAGCCUCAACUUAGAAGGUAACAGACUUAAACAAGUGCCACGAUACCUUCCCCGCUCACUUAAAACUCUAAAUCUGGAAGGCAACCUCAUAUCUUCCAUAAAGAAAGCGUCUCUCGGCACCUUGAAAAGCCUGGAACACCUCGGUUUGGCGAGGAAUAAAAUCGUCAAAGUGGCCCCAGGGGCAUUCAGGACAUUGCCUGUCCUGCACCAGUUAGACCUGUGCCACAACAACUUGCACCAGGUGCCCAGACAGCUGCCACAGGCUCUGCACUUAGUAGCACUCACCCACAACAAGAUUCAGUCGGUGCCCCGUGAUGCUUUCUGCUGGGGUAAUAAAAGUCUCAGUGGGCUCGUAAGAGUGCAGCUGGAACACAAUUUAAUUGAUAUGGGGAAGUUGGAUGCACAGGCUUUCAGAUGCUUACGGGGAUUCCAGGUGGUGCACUUCUAUUAAACCAUACAUACAAUCAUGCUGCUACAACUACCUAUGCACAGUAUUUUAUUUUGCAAAUUAUUUAUGGUACUUACUCCCUCACUUUGUAAGCCUCAUCCAAGACUUGUGGUGAAUGCUAUUGCAAUGCCAGAAACCAAUGGUAAAACUGACCAACAGAGUAAAAAAAAAUAUAUUUAUUGUGUGUGAAAUUAAAAUUAUUGUUUGUAACCCA